AUUACUCAAUCGUUCUAGGGUCAGCGACACUUUAAUGUACAUACCUACCAUGCCAUUCAUAAAUACAAUAUUUAUGAAUAAUACAAUUAUUUUUUUUCUCGUCAUCGUCACGCAUGGUCUGGGUUUUUCAACAAACAGUUCGUAUCGGGGGACUCUUUAAGCAGAAUCUGGCAACCCAGACUUCAUCUCUCACAUAUGUCAUUGGGUAGGACAGUAACAUUUAGUUCAUUGUAGGUCCAUCAUUUUCCCCAAGGAUUAAAUAAAACCGAUAUCUAAGGCCGGGAGACAUGGGCUCUGGGGAAAGUACGACCAGGAAAGUGUCCUUCGGUGUGGACGAUGAGGACAGAGUUAGAAUUCUUCGCGGUGUCAAGCUGUCAGAAGAUGUUCUUCAGAGAAUGAGAGGAGUCGCAAACAUAGCUCCAGAACGUACAUCACCUGCAACCACAGGUGUUCCGAAAGACACAGGUGCAUCUCACCAUGGCAGUUCCAGCUCUAAGCCUCAGUCUGACACCAGCCAAUCAGCUCGGUUCUCUGAAGAAGACCGGAGGAGAUUUCCCAAGUCGUCACAAGGGGAAAGAGAGACGGCGUUGGGAAAAAUCAUGAGCCUCGAAAGAGAACAAACACGUCAGGAGGCAGAGAAGACCAAAGUACUGUCAGCAAAGGAGUUAGAACUGAAGGCCCAGCAACUACAGAAGAAGGAUUCACAGCUGAGAGCUCUGGACGCCUUCUAUAAGGAGCAGCUGGCACAACUGGAGAAAAGGAAUUGGGAAGAAUACGAACACAGCAAAGAAAGGUUCCAUGAAGCUGUGUCCAAGACGGAAUCAAGCGUGAGGUAUCACAGCGUAGACCCAGUCUGUCUGGGCCUGCAGGCUCAGAUUUUAUCCUGCUACAGGGAAAACAAAGACCAGACCCUGACAUGUUCAAACCUUGCCAAAGAAUACAUGCAGUGUAUCAAUGCAGCAAAAAAGACAGAGGUUUUAUGCAACAAAGCCCACCAGCUGGGACAUGAGAGGACAACAGCGGGGCAUUUGGUGGGUUUUUCACUGGCCUUUGUUGCUUCAAAGCAGUGGCAACAUUAUCGGAACAGUCCACUUUGUACCGGCCCGUCUUUGUGUCCCACUGUCACUCAAUCCAUCAGCAUGAAUCCAACUUCUUUUUUCUCUUUUUGAGUUGAAGGCUACCUCUUUGUUGUGACUGCUCUUGCACCCUGUACUUCCAAACACGAUCAAUAUUUUUUUUCAUUCUCCAGCUUUUUGUACAUAAAUAAAUACAGUUGUUAUGUGUGCUCCCAGAGCCAGGUUCAGAGGUUUACUUUGAUUUCAAACUUUUUUCUCUAGUCACUUUCAGACCUUUGUUUCACAAAUGUAGCAGACGACGACAUACGACCUUGGCUGGAUGAUCUUUCAUUGUCUUGACAUGUUUGCUGCAUAUUUCAUAACUCCACACCAAAUAUAUUGCAAUAUUUAUCAUUUGGUGUGUAAACUACUACUUUUUGGAAACCUAAACCCAAACAGACGAUGCGUAAUAUUUGGAAGCACAAAAACAUCUUCAACCUCCCUUUAUGCAUUAGCUACAUUGUCUUGUAGUUAUGUUAAUGUGUAAUUCAGGAACUUCACAUUUGUGAUAAAAACAUAAAAGGAAAAACUACCAACCAACCAAUAAGUUCAUGACCAACCUGUAGCCAGUUAGCAGACCCCCUAAGAGUUGCAGUCCUCUUUUUGACAACCUGUGCAUUAGAUAAAUCAAGGCAGGUCAGCCUUGUGUUGGUGUGUGUGUGUGUCUUCAUGUGCUGACAAGAAGCACUUUAAAUUAAAUUGGACUUGCAGCAAAAGGCCUUGUACCAGAGUUCGUCCACAGUCAGAUAACACACUGUACAGAACAGAAGUCCAAUUACAGCAACAGCCCGGAACUCCAUUAGUAUGUAAGUGGCUCAGAGUUAGUGCACAGAUACCACUCAGGUGGUUGGGUCAUUAAUUACCUUCACUGUUAGCAAACAAGACUCUCUAUAACAAGAUAAUAUUAUAGUUAUUAAAAAAAAAAACGUGAUUAACUUUACUUUAAUUAAAAAAGCCCUGGAAUCUACCAUUUUAUAUGUGAUAUUAUAUAGAGGUAUAUGUGUACAUUACAUUUAGUAUAUGUAUAUAUAAAGAAUGCUAACUUUAAAACCAAACUCUAGUCACAAGAACCUUUCAGAUGCUAUUUUUGAAUCCACCAUAUUUCCAGUUGUCAUGGAUAAGCCUAGAUGUUAGAAUAAUACUUACAGAACAUGUUUUUCCAUGUUGACAAUUAAGUAUUAAAAUAAAUAAAA